GAUGCUUUGACUGGGUCUCCGUGAACUUUAUGAAUCUUUUAUUUAAUUGCAAUAUGAUAAUUUCCAGUUAAAAGAAAAAGCAUAUUAAAUUCAUCACAUAAUUUAUCAUUAAAUUUCUCAUGAUUGCAUAAUUCUACUCUAGUCUAAAAAUUCAAUGUAAAUGGGCAUUAUAAGAGUUCAAUGCAUUUUCUCUUAAGUUGUUUGGGUGUAGUUGGCUGCACACUUUACUUCAUGCGACUUUGUGCUACUGUAAGAAUCUUAAUCUAAUCCUUUUGGGGAGGAUUUACCUGAACAUAACCGUUGUAGACAGUGGCAGAUGAGCCAGUAGGACUACUAUCAAAAGUUAACCAUCUUUCAAAAGUUUUGUUUGAUUUUUUGACUUCCUUUGAACAUGUGAUUUUUCUGGAAUUCAUUCAUACAUCUACACCCCAUCAUUUUUGCAUUUGUUGACAGAGGUUUUUUUAGUAAUUGACCUCAUUAUGGGAGACUGCCAAGAAAGCAGCCGGUGCAGUAAUAGGAAUAGGACGCCAGCUUGAAGGCAUGAUGUGACUGUCCACAUUGUUGAAAGCUUACAGUGAUGAACUUCAUUCAGAACCGAUGGAGCAUCUUUACAUGAUGGAGUAAAAGGAGAAACAACAAUUCACAGGUGUUGGAUUCCACCGACAAAGAAAAUGGAGUGGUCCUCUCUCCUCGUCAUUACUCUGGCAUUCCGUCUCCCUUCACUUGGAAGCUUUUCAGAUUCCCACGGCAACCACAGUAAUUCAUUUGGGAGGACAAAAAGCACUGAGGCCAUAACACAAUCAAUGAGUGAAGUCAUCCGAGGAAACAGCAGUGUGCAGGCCACUGGACAUAUAUUGAAUAGUACAAUUCCUCCUAUUCCAGAGGAAACCAGAAAGGAACUAACUGGAAGCCAAACUACUGUCCUUCCUCACUCAGUCAAUGGAGCAGUCGACACAAAUUCUUCAGUCACAAUACUCAAUCGCUUUCGUGUAAAAUCAAAGGACAGUAUUUUGGAGGGCAGACACACAAAAGUUGAUAAUGCUCAUAUAGGUAUGGACCACCCUUCCGAAACCCGUGUGCUUUCCUCGGUAACCAAUUUGUCAGGAUCUGGACGACCCUGCAUUCAAAGUCAUUGUGUUGUUCUCACCAAUUAUAAUGGCACAAACCUGCAGUGGGAAGACAUGAAGCGCACACUGGCAUUCGCCUGGGAAAUCCACGUCUUUGGCUCAGCCGGCCUCUUCAUUUUGAUGUCGUCACUGGCCGCUUUGGGAAUGGCCGGUGUAUCCACUCUCCCUUACCCCCACUGUGGUGCUCUGAUGCUGGCUAACAGCACCAUGAUUGCGAGUGGUGCUCUGCGAGCCAUUCACCUGCUAUUGGAUCCUUAUGGUACUCGUCAGAUCGUGUCUCACACUACGCUGGCAGCACUGCAGAACAUUCCCAUGCAGCUGCUCCUGUGGGCUCAGGUCACCCUCACACUUGUCACUCCCAGGAGGUUCAAAUUAUUUCUUUUCCCAGUCAUUUUACAGCAGCCUCAAGUUGUUGCAGGGCUGGUUGUGUCUCAUUGCACUGUUUUGUUGGCAGCAGACUUAUAUUUCACUGCUUUCUUUCCACUCAUUCCUCUAUUUCUGCAGAUUCUUUCACUCUGCUGGGGCCUUCCAUUCUGCCUAGAAAUACUGAUGAAGUCCCUUUCCUAUUUAAAUAAGUGUUUCAGGUCAUCACUUCCUCGCGGGGUGCCUCUACAAAGGAUUGAGAGGUGUGCUAAAAGAGUAAUGGCGGUUUGUGCCUGCCUUGGUAUUAUGUGCUGCAACCUUCAAAUUUGUAGUCUUCUCUGGCUGUAUGGCCUGAUGGGUAACUGGAGGCGCUUCGGUUGGUGCUGGUGGCUCUGCCAGUUUUGGGCCAGAAUCCUUGAAUUAGCCUGGGGUUCCUCAUUGCUGGUUUUGGGAUCCUGGAUAUUCUGGAUGCCUGCCAGAAGGCGCAGCAGACGACAGAAGUCUAAAAAGAGGGUCAAAAAGACAAGAAUGUGGGACAAGGUUUUAAAAAGUUACCGAAAAGGGCAACUCAAAAGAACUGAGAAGAAAUGGAGAGAACUGAUGCCAAACAACCUUGCAAAGAAUAACUUCUCCCCGUCAAGUUUCAGCAAUAGCAUCAUGUGUCCGUAUGACGACCAACCAUCUGUCAUUGUAUCAGAAUACAAGCAUGAUCCUUCUGGCAAUAACAAUUUUGACCCACAGCCUUCACUCAUGUGGCAAAGAGUUGGUGAGCGAGAAUGUAUUCUCUCGCUUAUAGAAUUUGACACGAUACCCCCAUCUCCCAUUAACCUGAGGCGCGGCGUUGACAGCGCCCUUCAUCAUGGACAGCUUCUGGCCGGAAGCCUGUUCACACCUCCUCCUCCUUCUUGGAUGCAUUCCGAUGGACAGAAUGGUACAGCGACAUUCCCCCCGGCUUAUGUUGGCUACGGCUGGAUGAUGGAUACCGAAUCCAUCCCUGCAUCUCUUGACCACUUCCAAGCUCGAGAGCCAACAUGGUCAAGCAAUGUGGCAACUGAUCAUGAUUAUAAUGGGGACUCAAAGAAUAUAUAUCAGGAAGAAGAACUUAUUUCAAGGUUCUCAGCAGAGACACAUCAAAAUGAUUGGUCUGAUGAAGAUGUAACAGACCUUUAAUGUGUUUGUCUUACUUUGUCAUAUGUUUCCCAAAUAUCCUGGAUUUGCAUUUCAUUGGAUUUAUUGCCCAUUUACUGUAUUUGCUCAUAUGAACAACAAGAAAUGUGCUCACUUUAGUUCACCUACUCUACAGGAUAUGGCACAAUUGAAUAAUAUGAAGUAGAAGUCAAGCACAAAGUGACUUGAGACUGAUAUCCAUUCAAAAAAAAAAAAAAAAAAAAUCCAAAACGACAUCCUACGGAAAAUUCUAAGAAGUCAAACAAGAAAAUAUUGCUGAAUGAUACACAGAAAAAAAUGUGAGUAUUCACAGUUGCGAAUUAAUAUUAUUUGGUCCAGGCAUCUGUCAAGAAACUUGAGUUUACAGUUAUGAUAUUUCAUUACAAAAAAAACCACAAUUAACAAUCCUUUUUUUCCAUUUGUAAUGUUGUAAAUCAAAUGCACUACAUACUGUAAAUCAUCAUGGUGAAUUUUUAAUGUUCAUUCAUUCAUUCAUUUUUCGAGCUGCAAGUUUUGUAUUUCUAAUAGACUGACAAUUGGAAUGAUUACCUAUAGCAUAUGUAUCCUUGAAUUUCAUGUAUAGUAUUAUAUCAUUUGAAUUUGUUUUUUUACUGAAUGGAAUGCUUUGAAUAAAAUACAUAAUAUGAACUUUCUUUUGCUUGUAUCUUUUGCUUUGAUGACCAGUAAUUUUUCCAAUGUUCUCUUCACUGCCACUGUCAACAAAGAGUCCAGCUUCAUGCCAACCACAGAGCUGGCCCGGCAGAUUAGUUUGUCCUGCUUACAUGCUCUCCAGUACUCCACAGUGUAAAAGAAGAUGCUAGCUCCCACAGAUUGGUAAAACAUCUGCCACAUGAGUUGCCUGCAGAUGUUAAAUGGCAGCGGCCUCCUCAGGAAGUACAGCCUGCUCUGGCCCUUCCUGUACAGGUGGUUGAUGUGUGUUAUCCAGUUCAGUUUAUUGUCCAACUACAACCUGUGGUACUUGUAGGAGUCCACACAUUCCACCUCCAUUCCAUCGAUCAGAAUUGGUCGCAAUUUUAAUCUGGACUUUCUAAAGCCAAUGACCAGCUCUUUUGUCUUUGAGGUGUUGAGCUGCAGAGGGAUUGUGUUGUUCCAGUUCGUAAAAUCCCUCAUCAUGUUCCUGUAGUAUUCCUUUCUCUCAUCCCAAUGCACCCAACGAUGGCUGUGUCAUCGGCGAGCAUCUGGAUGUGAUCCAGCUCAGAGUUGUAGCAGAAGUCUGAAGUGUACAGGGUAAAGAGAAGAGGGGCCAGUACCGAGCCCUGGGGUGCUGCUGAUCACAGUGUCAGACUGAGUGUCCCUCAGUCUAGCCUACUGUGGCUUGUCGUUGAGGUAGCUGGAGAUCCAAGUGACCAGGCAGGGAUCCACUCGCAUCAUGUUCAGUUUGUCCUGGAUCAGAAGGGUCUGGAUGGUUUCAAAGGCACUUGAGAAGUCCAGAAAAUGAAUCCUCACCGUUAGAGCGCUCUUGUCCAGGUCCAAGUCGGCUCACUGUUACAGUUAGAGGAGAGCUCCUCCACACUGACACCUGCCCGGAAUGCAAAUUGGAGACAGUCCUGGGCAUGUUGCACCUGCGGAGGAGGAUCUGCUCCAAUAUCUUCAUCAGGUGUGAAGUAAGUGUCACCAGUUGGAAGUCAUUCAGUGUGCUGGACUGGUUCCUCUUAGGAACUAGAAUGAUUCAGGAUGGCUUCCAGAGGAUGGGCACUACCCCCAGCAGCAGGCUGAGGUUGAAGAUGUGAUGCAGCGGUUCUCCCAUGGUUCAGCAGCGCAGAACUUACCUUUUGUAGACCUUCCUCGGCUGUCCUCUGACCUGGUCCACGGGGAUGAAUGAUAGCAGUUGUGGUGGAGUGUGGGAGGAAGAGGAAGGAACUGUUACUGUGUAUCUAAGGGAACGUGUGCAGAUGUUCCUCAAAAAUCUCCUUCUCCUGUGCGGCACUUACUUGCUUUCACUGGCAAUAAACAGACUGAAGUAAAAUUAUCCAUCUCUUCUCUUGAAUAAUGGUCAAGUGUCAGUUACAUGUCCCUAAUUACCCGACAACAAGCCAACAACUACAUCUUCUACUAAUAGCCCCUCAAUAUCCCGAGAUUUUGUUCCCACUUGUGUGCCCUCUGGUGCAUUUGCAAAGAUUUUGAAACAUCCACGAAUUUGUGCUGUUCCAUAGACUGGACUAAACCCAAAACGCCUAAAAUUCCUGCACUUCGCCACUCAGAAAUUCCAUUAAUCUCAGUACUUCUGAUUUUCUAUAGCUAUACCAUCAACACGGAUACCUGCUAAGACUAGAGCUCACUCAGUCGUAUUAAAACCACAUUAUGAAUUUCCUUAUGUCCCACAAUUCCCUAUGGUGCAUUAGAUUUACCAGUUAGCACCUACAGUACUCUAAAACCUCCUUCAACCAUCACCACUAUUACUGCCACCAUAGAAGCCAUGCUAACCACAGAAGUCCACACUCAGCAUGACUAGAAGCCUAUUUCGUCUGCAAAACCAUAAUUUCAUAAUCCGCCGUUACAAUCAUUCCAGUCCUUUCCACAGACUCUGCCAGAUGGACACAUGAAAAUUUACAUGGUCCUGAAAACAUCAAACCAAAGCUCCUAGUGUCACAUAUUUACUCCUGUGUUUAUUAGAUCCCUGCUUUGUCUUUCCUGGGAACGUUUUUUUCCCCAACAACAAAAGGCCCUGUACUAAACACACCCUGAUCUACCGGUAUUUUAAGCUCCUCAAAAGAUGCCUUUCCUUUUCUGGUCCUCCCGCCAACCAUCUCUCAUACUGUAUUACAAAUAAUUAGAGCAUUGGCUCUAGUACUACGCCAUGCAUGGUGCCUCUUGUCAUCCAAGGUCACAAUUACAGGAGGUGGUGGUGACUACGGAUGUUUAUCCAGGAGUGUCACGGAUUAAUACGUGAAGAUCACUUGUUUUCAUCGCACUAAACAGUAAAAUUACAUUUACCUUGACUGGGAAA